AUGCGUUGGUUCUCAAAUUCACCGGAUGAAUCUGUUUCAUCUUCUGACUCGGCCGCUCCACCCUCGCCGCUACCGACAGCAGCCCCGGAAGAAGUAGAAUACGUAAAACAAGCGCCCAGAAAAAGUAAAGUUAGGGCAAAGACCAAACGAGGAACAGAUGAAGUACCAGGAGAAGUCGAACGACGGAGGGUAAGUGCCAGGGGGAAGGCAAGGGUCAGACAAAAGAGGGAUGUGUUGACUGUGUCUGGGAGAGCAGAAACAUCGGAUAGUUCUAUGGGAAUGAGCGAGGUAACGGAUAGUGUGGGAAAGAAGUCUGGCUGGGCAAGUAGCAAUAAUGCAUCGCCAUUGAAAACAAGCAGGCCUUCCACACCCAAGGGACGGGCGGAAAAGGACAAUUGGGCCCUGAUUUUGAGGGCAAAGGACAGGGUUCGGAAGCUGAUGAGAGAGAAACAAGCAGAGGAAGCAAAGCGAGGGAAAAAGCUGCCAGCCCGAGAUAAUGGUGAUACAGACUCACCAGCGCACGUGCGAGAAGUACUGGAUGAGUUGGGUGACGAGGAGACUGCGCGUUUGUACCAUGUCAAGAUCGAAAUGGGGAAGGAGAAAUACGAGCGAGACCAAAAACUGUUCACAGUUAUAGCAACCGGUGCACGCCCGGGUGAAAUAUUGCGAGGAAUCAGAGACAAAACCAGAGACGCAGUAGUACGUGUGAACACACUCAUCCGCCCCAGUGCCCGUCGUCUGCUGACGAUCCAUCACUCUGCGAGCGCGUGGGCUUUGUUUCUGAAGAAAUUGGGCCAAGUGGCCUUCUUCCACCCGCUGUCAUUGGACGAGCGAAGUGACUGGUUGGUGCAGCACGCGAUCACCGAGGACUACGAUCUUGCCGAUGUUCCGGGCCUUACUUUGGAUUUCUCAUCGCUUGGGAGUGGGUCCAGCGCAUUUUUAACGCGCUCGGAGCCGCAGAUGGAGUUGGUGCUAACAAAGUCUGAAAGCGGCGAGGGCAUCUCACCUGUGGAAGUACUUGGGAUGUUCCAGAACAAACCGGGCAGUAAAGGGUUAAGAGGACGGCCAACAUUAGUCUUUCUGCGACAGUACUGGAAAGUCGAGUCCACACAUAUCGAGGUGGAGGCCUUUUCUGGUGUCUGUGUAUCGGUGACAGACGGGAGGGUGUUACAGGGUGCGCAGAUCAGUCCAAUGCAGAAAUCUGACCCAAAACGGAGUGCCAAAAACAGGGUUGAACAUAUGAGCACGACAUCAAAUUCCGACUCACAAUCGCACUCUGUGACCCAAAAUGGGGCAGAGGGCCGACGGCUUGGAAUUCGGACACCAGAUAUGAACGUAUGCGAAGACGUGAUGAAAGCCACACAGAAUGGCCCGGGUCAAUCCCCUCAAAUCAAGGAUGCUAGCGGUGACACGAUUCUGCUGUUCUCGGGGUUUGAGAGGGAUGAAGGGGCGACACAUCCGACAGCCAACAAACGAUUCAAAGCAGAUAUUAAACCAACUACAAAAGCGUCGAAGAAGAAGAAGGGCCAGAAGAAGUCUGCCGACGAAGCGGCCGCAGAGAUGUCGGGCAGUGAGAGCGCUGCGGGGGACAACAGCGACGACCCCAUUCCCGACGCUACAACACAACAGACAGUCGGCUUCAUUGUCAGCAAACGCAACCUGCCACUCAGCCAAUCAGAAGCCUUAGAGGCGGCGGAUGUGACUGAAGAGGACUUUCUGCGGAUAAAACCAAGUUUGCGCGGUUUCACUGCGGCGGGAUACAAGAGUCUGCUGCAGAAAAUCAUUCGUGCGCGCCCGAGCCAAGUAGAGCUAUUGGAUGGCCAACGGUUAGACUCAGGGCUCGUCCUACGCACGACCGUCAUGCUUCUCUUUCUGCACGCGGGGGCUUUUGUGCCAGACAUCCAACGGUACGUCACUGGAGCCGAGUCUGCACUGAAGCGUGUGGCUGUGUGUGUGUUGGAGGAUUCCUACACACCAGAUCACCAGUCACUGCUAAGCCUAUUAGCUGCUGCCUGGGUGGCCCAGGCUUCGGCAAGGCUUUGGCGCCCGGGAAAAGUGCAGCUGAGUCAAGCGGUCGCGGUGGCUAUGCAAGCCUGGCAGAACGAGGACAAGUUCAAGUGGUCGCACAUAUCGGAAAGCGACAAUAAUAUACGUAAACCUUCGAAUAAACGUACUUUGAGAGAGUACGUUCUGUCCAACAGUAACACCGCGCUUGAAAAUUGUAGUGCCAUGCUCGAUCGUUUACGCAGCUUCCAAGGUGAUCUGCUCAUGGCCCGAGAGAUUGCCGUUAACAAGGGACUUAGAAGAGUCUGCAGAGGAACUAGCACGGGGUCAAACCACGGACUUAAAGCCGCAGUGUUUCAUAUGUUGCAUCGCACGCUCUCGUCUGGUGUGCUGUGUCGUGCCUCGGUCUGUCUGUUGUUGCACUCGAACAGUGGUGUGGUGUUGGGUCUGAGUGUGGUGUUGGGUCUGAUCGUGGUGUUGGGUCUGAGUGAGGGUCUGAGUGUGGUGUUGGGUCUGAGUGUGGUGUAA